UAGUCGUGACGGUCGCUGUUUCGGUAUGUGAUGGAUAGGCUUCCGUGUGCCCUCGGACGCUCCCGACUUUGGUGCACCGUCUGCUGAAUUGUGUUGCAAACUUGUUUUCCAACGACCAACUCACCAACACGGUGGAUCUUGAUAACCUUCCGCCAGGGAAUAGCAAGUUGCCCCUAGCAGGGGAAAGUUCCAUCACAAUCUUUACGUGUAGCGGUUCUUCCUUCUCGCUGCUGUUGUUCGUGGCGUUCUAACUCGACCGGUGCAUGCUGUGAAUGCGUGAAAGUGUUUUACAAACAAUUGAUUGUUUGUGAUACAAAUAGUGAACGUGCGUUAGAUAGUUUUACAAUUGGUUUAUUAAUUUCACGGUCCUGUUAUUACAACCGUGUGCGUGUUGGUUCAAGGAAUUGUUGUCGCGGAAGACCUUCGUUAAAUGUACGAAUGACUCACGACGCUGAAUUUACGGCACAAAACAUUUUCCUUUCAUCGUAGUCCAUCGUGGACUAGGAUUCUUUUGUUUCGGAAGUUUCGUUUCGGUUCCUUCGACAGGUGGUAUUGAUAUCGCCAUCGCACCGAUGCGCCUGUGCCUCCGUCCUUGAGAACGACCGUCCGCAGAAAAGGGCUGGUGUUGCAUCUCGGCCGCAAUUGUGCAAGAAGGAGACAGAUUUCGCUCAGCAACAGCAUCCCGAGCGCGGGAUGGAAACGUAGAAUCGGAGCAAUCUAUGCUUUUUGCCCUUUCGCGCGAUCAAACGCCAGAGAAUUUCUCAUCGACCGUCAAGUUCGGCUGAACGAAAGAGAACGGAUCUCAUUACAGCAUCCCGGAAGAGGCAAAACGAAAAAAGUGCAUACAUCCAGUUGCAACGAAUCUGCAACAUCUGCUAGGUCUGCAUUCGCAAAGGGCCCUUCUCUCGAUUGCCAAUCUGUCAUCUUCUUUGGCCUCUACGUGGGGAUGUCAUUCUGCUGAACGACGGAUCGUGACUUCCAGCAGCAGCCGGCAGCCGCGAUUGAUCGAUGCUUCGAUGAUCGCCGCUGGCAGAGGAAGGAACGCAUCUCGUUGCAGCUGCAGCUGACCGAGAGUGAACGGCAAUUUUUAAACACAUAUACACACAGUACCAGGUCGGAGUCUGAUCACAAUGUUCAUCCGCGGUGGGCUCAGCAUCCGGCGGCAUCUCUACUCGAAGGUGCUUUUGCUGCUCGUACUUGGGUUGUUCGUUCUGUUCUACUUCAAGAACCUGAACGGUUCCCCGAAUGCACUUGGGGGCGAACAGGCGAAACCGUUGCUUCCGCAAGCCAUCAUUGCCAAUGGUGCCCGGGAGGUGAACGCAUUGGUGGAGGCUGGCGCACUGAACAAGGGUAACGUGCUGCUCGGUGCUGACGGUGAGGCACUGUACGAGCAGCUGAUACGGGCCGAUCUGGCCAAGCAGAAACCCGGCCUGGGCAACAACGGUGAGGGCGUAGAGCUGACCGGCGAGGCGAAGGACAUCGGCGAAAAGCAGUUGGCCACAAUCGCGCUGAACGAGGAGCUAAGCGAACAUCUCAGCUACAACCGGACACCACCGGAUGGGCGUCAUCCGGCGUGCAAGCGGAAACGGUACAAUGACAUCGCGUCCCUGCCCUCCACCAGCGUGAUCAUCAUCUUCUACAACGAGCCGUACUCGGUGCUGCUGCGCACGGUGCACAGCGUGCUGAACACGGCCGACGCACGGCUCCUGCAGGAAAUCAUUCUCGUCGAUGACGGCAGCACCAACGUCGAGCUGAAGGGAAAGCUCGACUACUACGUCAAAAGCCGGCUGCCGGCGAAGGUGAAGGUGCUCCGGCAACGUCAACGCGUCGGACUGAUACGGGCCCGGCUGGCAGGUGCUCGGCUCGCAAAAGCGGACGUACUAGUCUUCCUGGAUGCGCACUGCGAGUGCAUGGUGCAGUGGCUGGAACCACUGCUCGAGCGAAUCAAAGAGUCGCCAACGAGCGUUCUGGUGCCGAUCAUCGACGUGAUCGAGGCGAAAAACUUCUACUACAGCACGAAUGACUACAAUGAUUUCCAGAUCGGUGGCUUCACAUGGGACGGACACUUUGACUGGCACGAUGUGACGAAGCGCGAGCGGGAGCGUCAGAAGCAUGAAUGCCCCGAGAAGGAUCUCGAGAUAUGCCCCACGUACAGCCCGACGAUGGCGGGUGGAUUGUUUGCGAUAGCGCGCGAUUACUUCUGGGACAUCGGAAGCUACGACGAGCAGAUGGAUGGAUGGGGUGGCGAGAACCUGGAGAUGUCGUUCCGGAUAUGGCAGUGUGGCGGCACGCUCGAGACGAUCCCCUGCUCGCGCAUUGGACAUAUCUUUCGGGACUUUCAUCCCUACUCAUUUCCUAACGAUCGUGAUACUCAUGGCAUCAAUACCGUCCGGAUGGCCGUCGUGUGGAUGGACGACUACGUGGAACUGCUUUACCUCAACCGACCCGAUCUAAAGGACCACCCAGAACUGGGCGACGUAACACACCGGAAGGUAUUGCGUGAGAAGCUACACUGUAAGAGCUUCGAUUGGUACAUGAAGAACGUGUACCCGGAGAAAUUCAUCCCCACGCGCAAUGUGCGUGAGUUUGGUCGCCUUGCGUCGCAGGCGGAAAAUCUCUGCCUCGACACACUUCAACAGAACGCGGACAAACCGUGGAAUCUGGGCAUCUAUACGUGCUUCAAACCGGAGGUGUCCGCCUCGCAGCUGUUCUCGCUAACACAACGGAGUGUUCUGCGGAACGAGCGUAGCUGCGCCACCGUGCAGGCGAGCAAGUCGGAGUCGAAGUUUGUAGUCAUGAUACCAUGCAUCGACGAUGAUGACAUCGACGAUACGUGGGAGUUCACCGAGGCCCGGCAGCUGCGCCACAAGCAGUCUGGCCUCUGCCUGGACAGCAGCGACCUAUCGACGAAAAGCUACGUACACGUGGCCACCUGCCAUCCGAGUAUCAAGACGCAGAAAUGGGAAUUUCAGCAUCAGUAGUUAGGAACUUUGUUUAAUAAUGGACAGUGGUGGAGUGGUGGAAAAAUGAUCGAAGGCAUUCCAUUGAACGUAUAUGGUUCAUGUUCCAUGGAAGGAUGGGUUUUCUUCCAAAUUGUUAACCCGAUAGUCAACACGAGCGUAGACGAUCGGAUGCAGAGAGAAUCCAAUUCGAUAAACCGUUAGUACUAUCACCCGGAAUAGUAAUACCACAACCACUGACUACCGAUUCUACUAUAAUUACUUCGACUGGAAGCAAAACAAUACCUCGUUAUGGUUGCUACACCCUAAGGACAUUGAGCAGGAUGAGUGAAUGGGGGGGGGGAAGGUUAGGAAAUCAUUAAUAAUUCGAAUUGUGAAGAGGAGGUAGAAACUACAGAAGGUGGAAUUGAAAAGACGAUUUGAACCAGCAGGACCAACCAAACACAGCUUUGUGCAUCGGUUGGUUGCGGGUGUACAGAUGCCAAUUUGACGAAGGUUACCAACGGAAUUUUGGUCAAUAAGCUAUAAAAUUGGUGACGCAAACAAACUAUGUGGGUUGUAUGAAAUUGAGCUCCAAUCACCACCAACACUUCCUAGAGUUCUUUUUAAUUUCACUCGUUUAACGAAUGUUGCGAAGCUAUUGCUUUGCGACAAGUAAACUCGAAUGCAGGCGAAGUUAGGAGAUGAAUCGAAACACUAACGGUGAACAAAAUUCCAUGCUCAAGGUGCUUGCGCUCCUCUUACUUUCGAUGCUACAAGUGUGAUCAACAGAGACUUUACUGUUCGUUAGGAACAUUAACAACUAUAAUCACAUUCCUUCCGUUCUUUUAAAACUUUUAUGAUACAAAAGAAUUUUUUCAGCAUUAUUUUCAAUGUAUAAAAGAUAUACAUCACACAAGGGUAAUAAUAGAAACAUCACGGCCAAACGGAAACCGAUCGUUAGCGGGAUACAAAAUGAGAAUGAAAACAGGGAGAGGUACUUAGAAUGCAAAGAAAAUAGUAAUUUCAUACUGCGUUAGUGUAUUAUCCAAACAGUGCAGCUAAAACCCGUUGGAGAAAAACUUUCCACGAGGAUAUAUGAAAAGAAGCAUAUCCAUCAGCAUUGAUUGGAAGAAGGGCAAAGAAGAUAUGAUAAGACAGAGAACUCAAAAGUGCCACGGAACUUAAUAUUACGACGUGUAGCUUGCUACAUGGGGAUUGAAUGCGAAAAAAAACGGGAAGAAAUCGUGCAUGUUUUGAGUGAGGAAGAUAGAUAUUUAUGUAUAAUAUAUGUAGUACGCUAGUGGUUACUUAAGCUCUGCCAAAACGCGCCAUCAUUAAUGCCAAAUGCGCUUUCAAAAUGCAUCGGUGCAGCUCCAUCGAAAUUCGGGUGAGACUAUCGCAGCUUGCGCUGCACAAUAAGCGAAACGAAUUUUUAGACAAGCUCCUUCGAAUGGGGAAAUACUUCCGUGGCUCUACUGAUUCCGAUAUCUAUACAGAAAUUUUUCAAUGGGUUUGUAAAGAAAUGGCAGCUUAGAGGAAUGGCAGCUACUCGUGAAGGUUGGUAGUCCAGUCACAAUGGUCAAAUUGUACAAUAAUGUGUAUAAGAGAAUCGAUAGAUUGGAUGGGAUAAGGAGAAGACACCGUUGUAUAGGAAUGGGGAAAU